AUGACGGAAAGAUCCCACAAGAGACAAAAGGUAGCUACUGACGAGUCACAGGCAGAAAUAGUUGCCGAAGCAGCAGAGCAAUCCCUCCAUGAUCAUCCACAUCCAAAAGAGAAUGACGAGUUGAUUCAUCACGACAAUGGCGAAUUCAAAGGACUUGUACGUCAUAAAACCACUGCUAAAGAUGCAGAAAGAUUAGAAGACGGUCCGGUUAAUCCAUUCACAGGGGAAGAGUUUUCCGAAUCGUACUUCAAGAUUCUCAAAGUUCGUCGUGAUUUGCCAGUACAUGCGCAAAGAGAAGAGUUUCUCAGGAUUUUCCAUUCAACGCAAAUAAUGGUGUUUGUUGGUGAAACAGGUUCGGGUAAGACUACGCAAAUCCCCCAAUUUGUUCUUUAUGAUGAGAUGCCUCAUUUAACUGGGAAACAAGUUGCCUGUACACAACCAAGAAGAGUGGCAGCAAUGUCGGUUGCCCUGCGUGUUGCCGAUGAAAUGGAUGUGAACUUAGGAGCCGAAGUUGGGUAUAGUAUACGUUUUGAAAACAAAACGAGCUCAAAGACUAUUCUCAAGUAUAUGACUGAUGGUAUGUUGUUGAGAGAAGCGAUGGAGGAUCAUAAUUUGAGUAGAUAUUCCUGUAUUAUCCUAGAUGAAGCACAUGAGAGAACAUUGGCUACUGAUAUAUUGAUGGGAUUGUUGAAACAAGUGAGUUUGAGAAGACCAGAUUUAAAAUUGAUUAUUAUGUCGGCAACAUUGGAUGCGGAAAAGUUUCAAAGUUAUUUCCAUGACGCACCGUUAUUGGCAGUUGCUGGUAGAACCCAUCCGGUUGAGAUUUACUAUACACCUGAGUUCCAACAAGACUACCUCGAUGCAGCAAUCCGUACUGUUUUGCAGAUCCACGCCACUGAGGACGAGGGUGAUGUAUUGUUGUUCCUUACCGGUGAGGAAGAAAUUGAAGAAGCUUGUAGGAAGAUACAAUUGGAAGGUGAUCAUUUGAUUAGGGAAAAUGGCUGUGGUCCACUAAAAGUGUACCCAUUGUAUGGGUCGUUACCACCUAAUCAACAACAGCGUAUCUUUGAACCAGCACCAGUGAAUCCACAUGGUCGCCCAGGAAGAAAAGUCAUUGUUUCAACCAAUAUAGCUGAAACGUCAUUAACCAUUGAUGGUAUUGUUUACGUUGUUGAUCCUGGAUUUUCGAAGCAAAAAGUGUACAACCCAAGAGUACGUGUUGAGUCUUUGCUUGUUUCCCCCAUUUCCAAGGCAAGCGCACAACAAAGGGCUGGUAGAGCUGGUCGUACAAGGCCUGGUAAAUGUUUUAGGUUAUACACUGAGGAAGCAUUCAAAAAGGAAUUGAUUGAACAAUCGUAUCCCGAAAUUCUACGUUCAAAUUUAUCAUCAACAGUGUUGGAAUUGAAGAAGUUGGGUAUUGAUGAUUUGGUUCAUUUCGAUUUCAUGGAUCCACCAGCACCUGAAACUAUGAUGCGUGCAUUGGAAGAGUUGAAUUAUUUACAAUGUCUCUCCGAUGAAGGAGAAUUGACAGCUCUAGGAAGAUUGGCUUCCAACUUCCCCCUUGAUCCUAUGCUUGCCGUUAUGUUGAUUGGAUCACCAGCUUACAAAUGUUCCGAGGAAAUCUUAACCGUCGUUGCCAUGUUAAGUGUACCUAAUGUGUUUGUACGCCCGCAAUCAGCACGUAAACAAGCAGAUGAAGCGAAAUUGUUAUUUGCCGAACCGGAUGGUGAUCAUUUAACUUUAAUCAAUGUAUAUGAAGCAUUUGCCGCACGAUCUGAGGAAGUACACAGGUGGUGUCGUGACCAUUUCCUUAGUUACCGUUCACUAGUUUCGGCACGUAAUGUGCGUUCACAAUUAGUGCGAAUGAUGGAAAGAUACGACUUGGAAUUGGUGACUCUAUAUGGUGAAAUUCCUGAACAUCAGUAUUGGCAAAAUGUUAAAAAAGCUCUUGUUGGUGGGUUCUUUAUGCAAGUGGCUAAAAAGAGAAGUGGUGGAACUAAAGGAUACCUCACUGUCAAAGACAACCAAGAUGUCAUGAUUCACCCAAGUACAGUAGUGUCGAACCCUGGUGAAUGGGUGAUCUACAAUGAAUUUGUAUUGACAAGUAAAAACUAUAUCAGAACUGUGACUACUGUGCAACCAGAAUGGCUAAUUGAGAUUGCACCAAAGUAUUACAAUUUGGACCAUUUUGCCAAAGGUGAUGUUAGAUUGAGUUUGGAGAGGGUACAGGUUAGAGUAAAGAGAUAA